AUGGUGGCUCUGGAACAGCUAGUGGACAAGCAGGUAGAGGAAAUGCAAGGGCAAGGUCAAAUAUUAGAGAACCGCAAACUCACACUUAUCGACAUGGGAAUGGAGACAAGACAAAGGAAGGAUUUGGGGCUAGGCCUAAGGCAGGGGCUGGAGGGGAAAGCAGAAGGGACACUGGGAGAGGACAAGGCCAGGAGACUGAGAAGAACCAAGAGGCAGGGCAAAGCAACAGAGGCAGAGGGGGGGGAGGUAGAGGGGAGAGAGGCAGAGGGGGGGGAGGCAGAGGGGAGAGAGGCAGCAGGAGCCAAAGUCGAGCUGGAGGAGAGAGACGUGCUGGUGGGUUUGGUUCAAAUGGUACCGAAGGAUGGAGGAACCUUGAAAAGGGAGAUGGAGAGCGUAAUAGUUUUGGUAAAGAAGAAAAUAGACAAGAGAUGA